UUAUUUUUAAGUUUUUUUUUUAUCUGUAAAUCUGUGUUUUGUUUGUUUACUUUGUUGUUCAAAAAUAUAGUAUAUUGUGUUUUUGUAAAUUCCAUUAUAUCGAAUUUUCCAAUAAGUACCGAAACAUUAAAAUAACUUUUACUCAUCUGAAUCAUAAACUAAUUAUUUUAUACUGCAACUUUGUAUUGGCUAAUAACAGACAUCGGCACUGUAACCUAAAAUGAUAAAUUUUAAUCGUAAAUUCAGCUUACUUUAAAAAUGGAACAACCUGGCGAAUUAGCUAAUACUUUGAGUCAUGACGACUUAAUUGAAAUCACGAAGUCUUCCCUCUGUACAUUGAUAAAUUCUGAUUCAUUACUAUCAGAUCUUCCCCCUGAUGUCAUUCUUGAAGAAGUCAUUGCACAGAUAGCUGUUGAAUUUGGGCAAUCCAUAACAGUUUUUAUAUCAAGAGAUGAUGAACCAGUUUUAAAAGUUAUAGUUCCACAGAAUGCAUCUGUGAGUGACCUAAAGAAAGCCAUAGCACGCCAUUUUGAAAUAUAUCAGAAGAGGAUUGGAAAUAAAGUGAAAAUAUCAUGGAAAUAUAUAUGGAAGACUUAUGACCUCAGCUUUGACAGCUUGAUCCUAGAUAACAAUUGUAGUCCUAUAGAAAACUAUGGAGUAACUAAUAAAGUGACAUUAGCAUUUAAGAAAAGGAAAAAGAAACGGAAAUAA